GAUUGACUUCAAUCGGGGGAGGAACGAGCAGCGUCACAUUUUCCUCAAGGUCUUUGACCUGUGCGAGGAUGCCCACUCCUCGGCGGAUGCAGCAGAGGAAGCUUGCCGGCAUGUGUUCAGCACACUGCGCACAGCCGAAGCAUUUGCUCUUGCGGAGAAGGCUGAGAUGAUUUGCAUCACGGACUUUGAUCCGAGUGGUCUCAGUGGAUAUGCUCAAGCCCUGCAUGACAGGCUGUUUAGGUCUGCAUCUGGGAGAAGAGUGAUUCUGAAAUCGGCCAAUGAACCUGAGUUCUGGUCCGUAAAAGAGGCCAAAGAGGAGAGCUCCUAAUCUCGGUGCAGCCGAUGAAGCGAGAGGUCGAGGCAUCGACUCCAAACGGCGCCAUGCCCAGCUCUGUACAGCUUUGUACAGCGCCCAGCGCAUCCAGUGUGGAUGCAAAGGGCUAGCUUGAGAGCAUGAAAAGGCAUUGCUUAGGCUUUGAGAGUUGCCUCUUGCACGCACGCCCGUCAUCAACUGCAACUACAUUUUAACUAAAUAGAGUCGAGAUGAUUUGAGCAUCGAGUCCCGAAAAGUAGGUUUCCUGCUUGCAAAGUAGUUUUGCGAGUCAAGUAAUGCAAGCUUUCAUUUGGUCGUGCUGUACCAUUGUGCAUAUAUCAUAUAUGUAUCACCGUUCCUCAGCUUAGAACUGAGUCGAUUCAUUAAACAAAGGGCAGUGGAUGCCACAUGAAGAUAUAUUCCCAAGUUUUCGCAAUGAAACUACUGCGCAUUAUAGCUUACGCCGACAUGUUCUCAAGGACUGGCUGGCCAAAGUUUGAUGCCUAUUGUGCUGCACAAGGAUGAGCCUCCACAGAUUCAGCUUGAUGAUUCCUCAUUGCAAGUUUCAUUGGGGUUGGAAGGUGCCAUUUUUGAUCAAGGAAGGCCACCUGCGGUUU